CUCACCGACGAGCUCUUUUGCAGAAGAAGUGCACAAAACCAGGAAGUAAAAAAUCUGCCUUUCUCUGUUUUGCUUGCGCUCGCUCUUCAUCACGAUUGUACUGAAUGUGACUUUAUUAAGACGCAGCUCUCCACAUAGCCUUUUUUUGCAACAUCAUUUGAAGAUGAACCUGCACAAAAACCAAUCUUUGCACCCACACCUGCGCGACGAGGAAGCUCUGGUGGUGGAAAACGCCAUCAGGUUGGCGAUAGACUCCAUACUAAACGUGCUGUACGGUGUCAACAGCGCCAGGAGCCAUGAGCUCAAACGGACGGUGGCCGAGAGGGACAAAGAGAUCCAGAGGCUGACAGAGGUGGAGCAUGAGCUGAAGGUGCUCCGCAGACAGGGAUGCACCUGCGGGAUGUUUGGAUCACAGCCCGCCGGGGACCCACAUGGCGGGUUUGAACCCAGCUGCAUGGACAGUGAGAUGACAGCAGGGCAGCAGGAGUGCGACAUGAGCAUCUCCUUGGGCCUUUUUGCGAGACCCCCCUCACAUGUCUCCUCCCAAAGUUACGAGUCGGCUCUUCCCUCAUCGCCUAGCAGAAUGGGUCUGGACCAGUCCUGCAUCUCCCACUCCUCAGAGUCCUCGGGGUUAUCAGAGGCGGCCAGGGAUCUGCCUACGUCUCCCAGCAGCCUCGUCAUCAAAGAAGAGCCGUGUGAUAUGGACACAGUUUUUAUCAAGUGGGAAAUGAGUGAAGAGAGAUUCGGGGAGCAUCAGGAGAGCACAGGAAGUCCAUGCCAGGACAAAGAGAGCCCAAGUGUAAAAAAAAACCUGGAGAACAUGGAGAGAAGAACAGAACAGGAGAAACCUCAUUCAGAUCCAGGUGGUUAUUACAACCCUCAUGGAGAACACCUGAGGAACAAGAAGAAGGGUGUGCCCAUGUCCGAGAUGACGGAGGAGGCUCAGAGACUGAAGAGGGCAGCCUGGAGAGCGGCUUCCAGGCGCUACUAUGCCCGAAAAGUAGCCCGCCAACAGGCAAACCCCUCACGCUCCGGACCCAUCCCCCUCCCCUCGCGCUCAGGACCCUUCCCCUCACGCUCAGGACCCUUCCCCUCACGCUCAGGACCCUUCCCCUCACGCUCAGGCGCUCAGGACCCUUCCCCUCACGCUCAGGACCCUUCCCCUCACGCUCAGGACCCUUCCCGUCGCGCUCAGGACCCUUCCCGUCGCACUCAGGACCCCUCCCGUCGCACUCAGGACCCUUCCCCUCGCGCUCCGGCCCCUUCUCCAACAUUACAGACUCCAGGUGCUAAAUGGAGGGUCAUCAGCUGUAUGAGCCACACCUGA